UAUUCAAACUAUAUUCUGGCGCAUGUAGAAGAUUAUUGAGUUCCAAGGUCGUAGUGAAAAAACAUGUGAAAUGGCGUUAUUUCGAGCAACCACCAGGCUGUUGAAGCCUACUUUAGAGGGAAACAUUGCCUCCACAGUUUCUUUCUAUCACAAAAAUGUGAUUGAUCAUUACGAAAAUCCAAGGAAUGUUGGAUCAAUGGAUAAAAAAGACAAAAAUGUCGGUACUGGUCUGGUUGGGGCACCAGCAUGUGGUGAUGUCAUGAAACUACAAAUCAAAGUGGAUGAUGAUGGAAAGAUAAUUGAUGCCAAAUUCAAAACUUUCGGCUGUGGAUCAGCUAUUGCUUCUAGUUCCCUAGCAACAGAGUGGGUCAAGGGGAAGAAGUUGGAUGAAGCAGUAAAGAUAAAGAACACAGACAUUGCGAAGGAACUGUGUCUGCCUCCAGUCAAACUUCACUGCUCCAUGUUGGCUGAGGACGCCAUUAAGGCUGCUCUACAGGACUACAAGCUGAAAAACCAGGACAAUGUCAAAGCGACGGCCUAGAUCCCGGACACGACCACCCUAAGUAACGGACAGUGCUGCCGCGAUGUGGACACUGUAUUGUGAUCAGUAGCAGCUACUUGUGUUAUAUAUAUCCACGGAAUGCUGGCAUUUAACACUGCUUGUUUUAUUGGUUUAUGUCUGUAUGUUGAUAUUACUAUAAUAUUAUGAAAGAGUAUUGAUAUUUCAAUUUGAUUUUCAUUUAAAUUUGAUUUCCACAGAAAAAAAAUUCAACCUUCAACUUUUUCUGUAAAUUCCAGUUCUGAUGAUUUCUUUCGUCAGAUAUGAAUAAUUAACUGAUUAUAGUAAAGCUUUGAUUCAUUGCGGAGAUAAAGUGCAUGUGUUUUGAUGAUAUUUCCUUGCGAGUCUCACUGUUAAAUAAUGUGUACAUAAUAAAGUUUGAUUGUA